CCCGCCCACUGACAGACAGACAGAUUUACACUACAAACAGUCGCAGUUUAGUUCAUCCGAGAGAUUCGCAUUCUUAUAUCAAAGGUUAACCUUUAACUUAGAGAAUCAUGUUCGUUAAGGUUGUAGUCCCACUCUUGGUGCUCGUGUUGGCGGUGACGAGUGAGAAGCUCGUCGGAGCCCCAGAGGAUGCAGACAUAAACGACCCGAGCAUCAAGCAGGCCCUGCGAUUCGCAGUCGCUGAGUAUAACACGAAAUCAAACAGCAUUUACACCAGUAAAGUCGUUAAGGUGAUCAGCGCUCAGUCACAGGUUGUUUCUGGUGCUAAGUAUAUCAUCACUGUUAAGAUGGCCACGACUUCCUGCAAAAAAGCUGAUGCGAAAAAGAAAUGUACCGUCCAUUCGGACCCAGCAAUUGCAAAACCUCGUAAAUGCAAACUUGCAGUGUGGAGUCAGCCUUGGUUGAACCGCAUGGAGCUGGUUGAAAAUACCUGCUAAGAGAGAUCAGUUACCAUCAAAACUGAUAAACAUUUCAAAAGUAAACUUAGUAACCUGCCUUUGCUAUCAAAUAAUGUCAUUUUUCUACUUCAAUAAAAUGAUUUUAUGAAUGCUUUCCUUUAAUCAUAUUUUACUGGCUUUUACAACAAUAUGAGUACUAAUCUAUGGCAUUACCUUUUUUACCUGCUAAGAAAGAUCAGUUAUCAUUAAAACUGAUGAACACUUUAAAAGUAAAUUUAGUAACCUGCCUCUGCUAUGAAAUACUGUCAUUUGUCAUAUUCAUUUCAAUAAAAUGACUUUAUGAAUA